CUUCGCUUGGGGAGCGAUUCAGUUUAUAGUUUUAUCCGCAGGUGAACUGACUUACGCUCGGUCUAAGUUAUUGUACGAUAUUUCGGUGCCACUUAAAGCCUACACUUAAAGAAGGUUUUCACAAAAUGCAUAUCCUCAGUCUAUCUCUGAUGGUGAUCCUGCCGGCUGUCGCCUUGGCAGGACUUUGUGACGUUGAGCCCGACGCGAACCUACUGGAUGGCAGGGAAAACCUCUACAAGGGACAGCAGAACUUCGCCGUGUCCAUGCUGGAUGCGAUCCGGCAGAGUACUCCCAACGAGAACGUCUUCUUCUCGCCGUACAGCACCUACCACGCCCUGCUGCUCGCCUAUUUCGGAUCCUCCGGGGAGACGGAACAGGAGCUAAAGAAGGUGCUGCAUCUGGAUUGGGCCGAUUCCAAGGAGCUGGUGCGCAGCGCCUAUGUCCUGGAGAAGAAGAACCGCAAGGAGCGUCAGAGUAACAUGCCGCUGGAAUUCUCCUCCGCGGACCGCAUAUUCUUUGCCAACGAUCUGCCGCUGACACACUGUGCGAAGACCCGCCUGGUUGACGAGGUCAAGAGGAUCGACUUCAAGAACAAGCCCGAGGAGUCACGCAAGGAGAUCAACGACUGGAUCGCCCAGGACACGCACAACCAAAUCCGCAACAUGCUCAGCGCCGAUGAGAUCACUCCGCGCACCCGCUUGGUCCUGGCCAAUGCCGCCUACCUGAAGGGCCAGUGGCUCAGCCAGUUCAAGACGGAGAAGACUGCUCCGAUGCCCUUCUACACCUCACCGUCGAACUUAUCGCUGGUGCCGAUGAUGCAGCAGAAGGGCACCUUCCUGCUGAACGUCGACGAGCAGCUGCGCGCCCACGUCCUCCAGCUGCCCUACCGCACCGUAUUCGAGUCGCAGGAGAAGCCCGACAGCUUGCCCGAUGAGAACUCGGACAUCUCCAUGGUGCUCAUCCUGCCGCCCUUCAACAGCAACUCCCUGGAGGAUGUGCUUUCCCGGCUCAACGCCGAUACCCUGGAUGAGUCGCUCAAGCAGGCCAUGCCACGUGAAAUUGAGGUGUCGCUGCCCAAGUUCGAGUUCGAACAGCGCCUGGAACUGAGCCCAAUCCUUGUCAAAAUGGGAGUAACGAAAAUGUUCGACGAGUCGUCCGCUACCUUCGACGACUUGACCUCGGAGGCCAUUUCCAUCGGAGACUCCAAGCACGUGGCCAAGAUCAAGGUGGACGAGGAGGGAAGCACUGCGGCGGCGGCCACAGUUCUCUUCACCUACCGCUCGGCCAGGCCCGUGGAACCCGCCAAGUUCGAGUGCAACCAUCCGUUCCUGUUUGUCAUCUACGAUCGCACCUCCAGAUCGAUCCUGUUUACGGGCAUCUAUCGCGAUCCCAAAACAAUGAAGCAGUAAAGUAUAGGCAUUUCAGGGUGCUGAAACUUCGCAAUUAACUUAACCAAAUUAUGUUUCGACUGUUGAUGAACAAUGUAAACAUUUUAACUAACUUAAACGAUAAUAAAUUAUGCCCAUAACAAGAUCCGAA